UUUUUGGUUGAGUGAACGCAUUUUGAGGGUGUGUAAACAAAAAAAAACAAAAAACAAGUGCUUUACGACAAAAAAUAUAUUCACAUGUGUAAUACAUAAAAAAGUUAGUACUAAAAUAUGGGAGAAUAGAAACAAAUUAAAUAAGUAACUAAUGAAGUUGAAAAUGAAUAAAAACUAAAGCAAAAUAAACUUUGGAAUAAACACGAGCAAAAACAAAAUUGAAAUCAUGAAAGUGCCCUUCUCAUCAGCCACGCUGUGGAAAUAUGUUUUCUUGGUGUUGAAUUGUUUGAUAAUUGUCUUCGAUGUGCUACUCAUUUCAUGCGGCGUCAUCUCUUUGGGCGGUGCCGGCACCUUAGCUGGUGCCUAUACGGCUGCUUCUAUUGGCUUCCUUGCCAUGUUUAUCGCCUUCAUGGGUGCCAUGGCUUCCGUACGUCAAUCAUUAGUUUUGUCAUGGGCGUAUAUAGUUACCACAGUGCUUUGCAUUGUUUUGCAAACAAUUUGUAUGAUUGCAUUUGGCAUUUUGAAGGAUGACUUCACCAUCAUGGCAGCGAAACGCGUGCAAGGUAUCUGGGAUGAGCGACCAGAAACGCAGCAGGAAAUGGACGACAUUCAAGUGCAGCACAACUGCUGCGGUCGCGAUAGUCCGCAGGAUUAUUUGACGGAUAGAAGACAGACUCUGCCGAAUAGCUGUUGCCGCUGGGAAAAUUGCUCUGAUGAUGAGAAUAUUUUUCCCAAGGGUUGUGUCGAUGCCGCGACGACCUUUUUCAAUGAACAAAGUGAUAUUCUUAUUUUGAUUAUUUUGGGGCUAAUUGCUUUUCAGGUUUUGGGAGUGAUUUCUGCGUAUUAUUUCACACGCAGCAUGGUAAAUCAUCAACAGAAACGCGAACAGAUCAUCAUAAAUGAAUAAUUAAGUACUUUGCACGAAAAUGUUGUUAUAAUAAAAAGUUUAACAUUUUUAAGUAAUGUUAAAUUUGAAUUUGAUUA